AUGCCUGCGGUAGACCCCUAUUGCCAACAAAGCAAAGCUGCCAGUCUAUCUAUCCGCAAUUUGUCUUAUCUUGAUCUACGGAUCGGAGGAUUGGGCAACGGUUAUGGAGAAGCUCGACUGCACGAAAAGGAAGUUGCUCAGAUGGAUAGUUGGCUUUUUUGGCCAAUGAUGUGGCAUAACAAGGAAUUCUACUUAGAAGCGGAUAUGGUAUACCAGCCGAAGACACGAGGAAAACAUCAACAUCCUGCUUCGCCCUCUAAAGCAAUCGCAGAAAACCGUCAUCGCUUUCUAUUGAUUUCCUUAAGCUGUAGCAAUGAUCGGUAUUGA